AUGGCAGUGAGACCUAAGGAAAUGAACAAGCUGGCAGCACCUAAUUAUGGAUCUUAUCAUGCUGGUUCAUACUGUACAAGUAGGACUUAUUUUACUGCAAUUGAUGAUAGUGAUAGCACGAUAGUGACUAUGAAGUGUCACUUAUGGGGAAAAUGUGAAACUGAACCUGAUGGUCAUUAUGAGGGAGGUGAAUUAAGGGUGUUUGAUCAUGUAGAGGUCACAGGUAUAAGCCUUUUUGAAAUGGAUAGAAUGUUAGAAAGUCAGGUUGGGGCUAUAGGUGACAAAAAGUACCACAUUUUGAUAGAGGAACAUGGCUUCCAUCUGUUACAGCAUGAUAGAGAAUUGCAUGCCUAUUGUGUUGAUCAAUUUGAGUAUGGAAGGACAGUUGAUUUGAACAUAGAGGUUUCUUUUAGUGAGUUAUUAGCAUCACAGUGGGGCUCUGAUGUUGAUGAUGAAGAUUUUGUAUUAGAAGAUGAAGAUGAUGAAUCUGAUAGUGAAUAUAUAGAGGGUUCUGAUUUUGGAGAAUUCUCAGGAAAAGAUUCUGAUUAUGAGCAAAAUUCUGAUGACAAUGACUACAAAGAAAAUGUUGAUCAUAAUUUAGAAUGGUUAGGGGUAGAAAAUCACAGGAAAGAGCAACUUAAGAGGAAUGAAAAAAAGGAAUGUGUAGAGGAAACUAAGGGACAAAUAGUGACUAAUUCUGAUACUGAUGAUGACAACUCCGACAUAGAUGUUGCACCAGAUUCAGGUUCAGAUAUUGAUAGUCUCCAAGGUUUAGAUGAAGAGGGUCAUUCAAGACCCCCUAUGUAUGACCCCAAUGAUGCAGAUAACCCCAACCUUGAAAUUAGGCAGGUAUUUACCACAUUCAAGGAGUUUAAAGAGGCAGUUAGAACCUGGAAUAUCAAGUGGGGUAGACCAUUUAAAUUUACCAAGAGUGAAACCAUUAGAUGCAGGGCAAUUUGUCCUAACAAAGGAUGUGACUGGAGCAUAUAUGCUAGGAAAAUGAAAGGUGAUCACAGAUUGGAAGUUAGAACAUUCCAGCAGAAGCACAAAUGUGGGUUUUCAUAUCAUAACAAGAGUGUAGAAUCUGGGUGGGUUGGCAGAAAAUAUGUUAACACAUUUAGGGAGAAUCUCAGGAUGGAUUAUGCUAGCUUCAAAAACUUGGUAAUGAACGAGAACAAGUGUUAUUUGAGUAGACAUCAAGGCUAUAGAGCUAAAAAGAUUGGCAGGGAGUUGGCCCAAGCUAGUGAUGUGGACCAGUACAAUAAGUUGCCCAAGUAUAUCAAUGAAAUCUUGAGAAGUAACCCAGGUAGUACUAUAGUGAUAAAGGUGGCAAAAGACUACUGUGAUUCAGUCACCAAACAAGGAAAAUUUCAAAGAUUGUACAUGUGUUUUGCUAGGAUGAAAAAAGGAUUUUUAGAUGCUUGCAGGCCUGUGUUUGGGUUAGAUGAGACUUUUCUCAAAGGUGCGGCUGGUGAAGUAUUACUGACAGCAGUUGGAGUUGAUCCAAAUAAUGGUUUGUAUCCAAUUGCUUAUGCAGCAACUGAGGGAGAAACUAAGGAUUCCUGGAUUUGGUUUCUUACUUUACUUAAGGAGGAUCUAAAAAUUGAAAAAGAUUAUGAAUGGACCAUAAUGAGUGACAAGCAGAAGGGCAUAAUUCAGACAUGUGAUUCAGUUUUUCCAGGGACUGAUCAUAGAUUUUGUGUGAAGCAUAUGCAUAGCAAUAUGGUAGCUGCUGGAUUCAAAGGGACAGCCAUGAGGCAAGCCUUAUGGAAAGCAGCUAAGGCAACUACUCAUGCACAAUUCAUAAAAAGAAUGGAAGCCAUAGCAGAACUGGAUGUUGAUGCAAUUAAGUGGUUAGAGGACAAGAAUCCAGCAGAGUGGAGUAGAUCACACUUCAGGACAUUCCCUAAAUGUGAUAUGUUGUUGAAUAACAUAUGUGAAUCAUUUAACAGCAAAAUAUUAGAUGCCAAGGUCCAUUAUUGUCAUGAUGGAGGCAUUGAGGCAUGUUGUCAUGCAAAGAAUGCAAGAAAAUAG